UUGGUGCGUGACGUUACACGGAAGUAAUCGACCCAGUGCGAACGAGUCAAAUCUAAAAUAUGGAACAAAGUAAUGACGGGAACUUGUCGCAGGUUCGGCACGUCGUGUUGGUCCUGUCGGGGAAGGGCGGCGUGGGCAAGAGCACCAUCACCACCGAGCUGGCACUGGCCCUCAGGCAUGCUGGCAAAAAGGUCGGCAUCCUGGACGUGGACCUGUGUGGGCCCAGUAUCCCCCACAUGCUCGGCGUGGGGCGGCCUGACGUGCACCAGUGUGACUCCGGGUGGGUGCCGGUCUACACCGACGCCCAGAAGGGCCUCGCGCUGAUGUCCAUCGGCUUCCUGCUGGAGGACCCAGAUGAAGCAGUGGUAUGGAGGGGGCCCAAAAAAACAGCUAUGAUAGCGCAGUUUGUGUCAGAUGUAGCGUGGGGAGAGCUGGACGUGCUGCUUGUGGACACACCACCAGGGACAUCGGACGAACAUCUGGCAGUGCUGGAGAACCUUAAGAAACACAGGGUGGACGGAGCUGUCCUGGUCACCACACCUCAGGCGGUAUCCACGGGGGACGUGAGGAGGGAGAUCACCUUUUGUAAAAAGACGGGUGUACGGAUCCUGGGCAUCAUCGAGAACAUGAGUGGAUUUGUUUGUCCACACUGCUCAGAAUGCAGCAAUAUAUUCUCAAAAGGUGGAGGUGAAGAAUUAGCCAAGUUGACUGGCUCAACGUUCCUGGGUGCCGUGCCCCUGGAUCCUCUGCUCAGCGGCGCCACGGAGGAGGGCGCCGACUUCAUCCGCUCGUUUCCCGAUAGCGCCUCGUUCAGCGCCAUCAGCGCCAUCUCCAGCGCGCUCCUCCGCGACCUGGAAGGCGCGUGAGCUGCAACUCUGGUGUGCGCUGAGAUAUUUAGUCACUGUGCAGAUGUAAUUAUGCCACUUCUGUCCUGUACAAUAUAAAAGUAUUUACUGAUUUUGUGUGCUUUCUUUAAAAUAAAUAUAUCUGCCAACAGUA